AUGGUUUUCAAUAAAGAAAUUGCUCGUUUUGCUGUUGGUGUUAUUGGGAACAUCAUUUCACUCAUCUUGUUUCUCUCACCUUUGCCAACAUUUUAUCGAAUAUGGAAGAAGAAAUCAGUAGAGCAAUUUUCACCAUUUCCAUAUCUUGCUACAUUUGUAAAUUGUGGUCUUUGGGUACUCUAUGGAAUACCACUUGUACAUCCACAUAGUAUCCUAGUUGUGACAAUAAAUGGGAUAGGACUUGGCAUUGAAGUGGUGUACCUUAUGCUGUUCUUGUUGUACUCUGAAAAGAAAAAAAGGAUGAAAAUAUUUCUCAUUAUUAUUGGUGAUAUUAUUUUCUUGGGUUCACUUGCUAUACUUGUUCUAACCCUAGUUCAAACACACAAAAAAAGAUCUACUAUUGUGGGAUGCAUUUGUAUGGUGGGCAACAUUUUGAUGUAUGCUUCUCCUUUGGCGGUCAUGGUAAAUAUGCCUCCUUUUAUUAUUCUCUCCGUUUCAAUUUAUAUAAUAUAG